AUGACCUUUAAAUAAAGUAUAAAUGCGCAUGCAGCAUCUCUAUUAAGCAUGGAGAAUUCUAGUGAAUAAUUAAAAUAUGCCUCGUCUUGCCAAAUUGUCUAAUAUUGUUAUUCUUUUUGUUUUCUGUUGUUUUGCUCAGAUUAUUUAUCAGACGGCUUUCUCUUUUUUCAAAGAUUGGUCGAUAAACUUCGAAGUAAAGAUAGUGAGAAGGAAAACAACCGUGUCCCCUAUGGGAAAUCUACAAGAUAAUACAAAUUAUAGAGAGAUGGUCUCAACUCUGUCAAAUGUCAAAUCUACCGUACAACUUAUGGAUCUCGUGGAGGAAAGCACUUUUGUACCGUUUAGACCCGAAUUUGAUUACGUUGGCAGAUGGCAUAAUUUCCAUGACCGCAGAUUUUUUGGCAGAUUUCAACUUAGAAGAGCUUUACGAAAUAGAAAUACUAAAUAUGAACAUUUCAUAUUAAAGAAAAAAGUAGAAAAAAGAGAACAGGCUGAUAGGUGGAUAGUUAAAAGUCGACCUCAAAAGAAAAGAGAUAAGAUUGUAAAGGAAAAGAGGCUACUCCAAAAAAGUGACACUUAUAAAAACGAUCCUAUUGUUAAUGUAGUCUAUAUACGAGUUCAUAAGUGUGCCAGUCUCACUUUAGCCAAUAUUUUUAGAAGAUUUUGCAUCGAGCACAACUUAAGUUGUGGAAUUCCUUAUCCAUCAAAAUUUACUCUGGGAUGGCCUCAUUUGUUUAGACAAGAAUUCGUUAGGCCUAUGAAAAAGAAGUCAAAUGUAAUUAGUGAACAUAUGGUUUAUAAUUCAGAAGAACUUGAAUCACUAAUGCCUAAUGAUACAGUUUAUAUCGCCAGCAUUCGAAAACCAUUUGAUCAAUUCGUAUCUAUGUUUAACCACGAAAAAUUUUAUAAGACAGUUGGUCUGCAUUGGUCCAAUGCAGUAUCAGUUUAUAUGAAUCAGUUACACUAUUACAGCAAUCUUUUCAUGUCACCUAUUCCGUAUGUUCGACGAAAUCGCUAUGCAUGUUUAGACGACGGAUUUAAUGUGGGUAUAAAUUUAAUUAUCAAUAAUUGAUCUUAUCCAAAAAAACACCAUGUGGCCAAAAAUGGGUCAGUUUAACUCAUCUGACCCAAUACACACUAGUCAUUGACCCAUACGAUUCGCUUGACCCUUAAAAACUUUAGCCCUUUAUGACCCACAUCAAACAAAAAUUUUAACCUACGACCUAAGAAACAAGCAUAUGCUUAACGAAUCGUAUAACAAAGCGGUUAGUAACAAAGUUACUGUUUCAAUUACUUGCUAAAUUAUUCAUUAACUUAACACGUUUUUUAUUUGUAAUAAAACUGUUUUUUUAUUACUCUUGAACCUCCUCCGAUUCCCUUAAACAGCCUUCCGAACGAAGUCCAAUAAGGGUCAAGAAUUAGUUCACCACCCACCACGAAUCGCAUAAAAGUAGUGACACGUCCGAUCCAUAACUCUUUGGAACCCCGACCUAUUUCUACCUCCUAGCUAGAAUAAAUUAUUCAAGUCAAAGGUGUAGGUAAAUAAGUCAAAUACGGGCACGGUAAUUUAAAGGACAAAAUAUGCGAUUAUUUUAUUAUUAUAAUUUACGAAGCUAAUUCCAUCAAGGGGUCCCGCUAACAUUUGUUUAUCCAUGAUUGAACGCUUAUUCAUUCCGUUAUAAUUUUAGUGAUCCGAUUAUUCUGUCUUCCUGUGGUUACGAUUCUUAGAGCCCACUGAGAUGACAUCAUAAACGACAUUCAUAGGCCUUUAUAAGGCUAUUUAAAAAAAAAUAGUCUAAAUUAUUUCCACUUCAGUACAGAAAUGGAAUGUCCUAUGAUCUGGGUAUGCCAUUGGGCUUUUACACUUCCAAGAACAUACAAAAUAAUGAUAAAGAAAUACUUAAA